CUUGACAAAAUACAUGAUGGCCGUUGCCACCGAAUAGUGUAACGCGUACAUGGAACUGUGUCGUGUAACUGAAAAAGUUUAUUAUUCUCAGCAGAAUAUAGCGUCGCGCGUGCUCCGUGUGCGAUUGUUUUCGUUUCAGCGAGGUGCUGUCCGGUUGUGGCGGGACGUGGGAUCGCGCGGCGAGUGUAAGCGCGUGGCCGAAAAUUCCCAGGAGGAAAACACGGGGUGGCAAAACCGCGUUCGCCGAGGGUAGAGUUAAGGAGCGAAAACGGUGCAGGCAGAAGUGUAGUGUGUGUAACGACGAUAGGGACAUUCUUAACAAGGAGUCGUUAUUCUAAUGAAUAUUACACGUGAAAAGGUAUGCUGUGUUGACAUUAUACUGUAGACGACUGACAGAUAUUCAAGAAUGUUUGCGAGUUACUUCUUGGACCUGGGAUAAUAUGUAAUGCAAAAGAGUAAUUUACCAAUAAGGUGACACUACAUAUUGUUUGCUGUGUGCAUCUUGGAUGUACUGUCAUGGACAAGUGUAACUUCGCUACAUUUAUAAAUGGGUGGAAUCUUGCGACAAGUGUACUUUAGAUAUAAGUCAGGAUAUAUACACAAUGAGAUUGAGCAGUUAUUCUUCAACGGAUAAAGUAGUUCUGAACAGAACUACUUUCAAUGUGCAACAGAGCAAUGCAUAUAACAGCCAAGCGCAAUUAGUAUUCAUGCACGAACUUUAAAAGUGACGUAAACAAUACAAGUGGAUACAAGUAUCUACUGGGGAAUUCAGUGAGUGCUGUCUGAGUGUUAGAAGAAACACGAAAUUAUAUGCAUGACAGGAACAGGAGACGUAGGCCGUAGACGCGUUGAGUGGCGCCGAAACGCAAAUAUUGCUCCUAACCAAAGUUUGGAAAGCUUAGUGGAAAGAACAAAAUAAGCUGAAAAGGUAGCUAGACGCUGCCCGUAGUAAAGAGGGGCUGCGUGGGCAUGCAGCAGCCUCAGUCACGCCCUCUUCUUGGGGACUCAGUAUCCUCUACAACUUCCCCGAAUGCACGCCGUAAUAGUUCAGUUGCCGUUUUGACCCAACAACAAUUGCAUCAACUACAACUACAGGCUCAGAAUACCAGUGGUCAGUCACUAACAUUUGCUUUGCAACAAACAUCGAAUAAUCCGCAAGACCAAGGGAAUGGAUCGACGACAGGGAAUCACAUAGUCUACGUAAAUCAGUUGAAUCAAUUGAAUCAGAGUACCAUAAAUCCCUCGGGGACUGGUAUGGGCCUACCCCCGGCCACCCCCACUUUUGGGGUGGGCCUUAAUAUGGGAUUGCCACUGUCACUUCUAAAUACCAGUCUCACAUCUCUCACCUCCAAUGUUAUCACCACGACGAAUCCUCUGCUGAAUUUGGGUUUACCGAGCAUAAAUACGGGGCUGGCCACGAUAAAUCCUAGCCUGAAUCAGUUGAAUGCUAUCAAUUCGAACAUUGGUUCGAACAAUAUUAACAACAGUUUGUCCAAUUUGGGACAAGAUUUGAAUAGCAUAAACACUGGGAUAAAUACCGGGAUAAAUACCGGGAUAAGCAACACGAUAAAUUCGGCUAGUAUCAAUUCCGGCCUAUCCGGAGUGAACACUGGACUGUCCGGUGUGAGUCCAAAUUUGGCGAACUUAAAUUCAUCGAGUAUAAAUCAGAAUCUUACGUUAAAUACCAAUCUGAGCGCCGCAAAUUCCGGCGUGUCUGGUUUGCCCGCCAUCAAUCCGAAUGCAAAUUUGGCGAAUACCAGCAUAAAUUCUGGUAUAAAUCAAGGUCUCAGCCGACCUGCGAAUGCCCUGGCGACUACUGGUCUAACGUCGACUACAUUGAACUCUAGUAGCACACAGUUCCCAUUCCAAACAAUACAGAGCAUUCAGACUGUCGCACCACACAUUGUCGGAUCAUCAAAUAUAGCACAUGUACCAAGCUCCGUCAUAUCGCAACAUCCCAACUCGAGUGUCUCAACAAUUCCACAAAUCUCGAACUCGGCAACUUUGACGAGCCCCAGCGUAUUCACGAGCACUCCCAGUGAAUCGAUCCAUGCAACCACAGCGAAUGUGAAUCACGCUUCGAACGUGAAUCUCACUACGAACAUACCGCACCUCGCUACAAUGCACUCCAACUUGUCCAAUAUAUCGACGUCGAAUGUACAACAUAUAUCCGCGUCCAACGAACCGACUAUGUCAUUGAGUCAUGUUUCUUCUUUAAGUUCCUCUCAGUCGACGGGAUUUCAACCACAGCGACAGUAUCCGCAGGGAAUAAACCCUGGCUUAAGCUCGUCGGUAACACUAACGGGCACGACACAGUCGUCGAAUGUGGUCAGUACUAUGAAUACUGUUAAGUCUAUGCAGAAUAUUCAGAGCCAAAACAUUAGCUCGCCGGGUAGCCCGUUCUCGAUACCCUUGAAGAGCCCGGCGUCCAACAUAGCGCCGCCUACGCCGAGCCCUAGCCCUAAUCGACUGUUACUUCGAAGUCCGGCGUCCAACUCUAUACAGUCGAAUAGGAACAGCCCGAGCCCAGUCGGGACGUCGACCUCGAACAAUAACUUUAACAUACAAAUGCAAAGCCCCAUGCAGAGUCCGAUGAGCGUUAGCCAAAUACAGAGUCCUGUACUUAGCCCGUAUCCCCCCGCAAAAAGUCCGCACCUCUUGAGCGGGAAUAAUUCUCUCAACAAUAGAAGCCCAGCACCCGGAGGUAGUCCUGGUCCACCUGUGGUUAGGCCUAAUACGCCUAUAUUGCAACAAGGUAUGCAAGUGUUGCAAAUAAUUCAUGGCACACCACAGGGUUAUCAGUCGACUCCGACUCAACUGGUGACCAGGCAUCUAUUUGGGAAUCAACAAAUCCAAAUAGCGACACCUCCCAAGACGGCCAAACAACCGCAGCAAAUCUUGCCGAAACCACCGAAUCAGCAGGUCACUACUUCCCAGCAGAAGCCACAACGUACCACCACCACAAUCACUAAUCAGGUAACGCAGCAAACUCAGCCACAGUUGGUUCUCGCUGGGCCACAGCCAAGUCCUACCACAGCAAUGAUACCCACGGCGCAAGGUCUACUAUUGAAUCAGGUGUUGCCGUCGACUGGACCUGUUAUUGUACAGCAGCAGCCAGGUGGCGUUCAACUCAUACUAAGGACGCCAGCAAGCGCCCAGCAACAAACACACACUGCACAGCUAACACAACAACAGUUGGUGAGGGUCGUCACAGCUCAAGGUAUGCAACUGCAGGGAAUCGCGCCCACAUUUUUCGCUGUACCUAAUGGAUUUCCUCCAGCUGCUUCCCCAGUGAUAAGACACACCCCGUCUAGUCCAGCGCCAUCUAACUCAGGUACGGGCAAUUCCAUCGUGAUUCAAAACGCCAUGGUGCAGAGUCCCCAGCCGCAAAUGUCGCAAGUUACAUCCGGCAAUGCUACGGGCAACACCUCGUGCACACAGACCGUCGUGGAUCAGAGUCUGUUGCCGCCUCCGAAAAAGAAAGCGAAAAAGAAGAAAAAGGCCAAGCGGAAAGACGACGAGCCACCAAAAUUGGAUCUUGCCAGUAUUAUGAAAAUAUCCGGUAUCGGAGACGACGAUGAUAUUUUUGAUACCGACCUGACGACUGAAACGGAUGUUUCUUGUCAAACGUCGCAGAGCGAGUCUAACACCGUGAUACCUCUGGGCCAGCUCCCGUCGCAAGGAACAGUUCCUGCUAGCUCUACUCCGAGUUUAACACAAGUACCUGCAUCGAAUACAACGAACACGCAAGCUCCCGUGUCACAGUCGUUCAACAGCCAGCUGGUCGCCCAGCUGCAGAUGCCAGUGCAAAACACGAUCUCGGGGCACUUGCGAUUGUCAGUCGGCGAGGACGGUAAGGUGGUCCUGCAUCAUACUCCGGAACCCAAUCAACCCGAGAUCGACCAGGCGACCGCGCAGGCGUUGAUACGGUCUCUCACUCAAAGCGGCGGUCAAAAUUCGCAAAUCAUCUCGCAGCUCUUCAGCCAAGCGUCGAGCACGCCGCAGUCCACGCAAAACACAAUCCCGCAGAGGCAGAAGUACGUCAAGUCGUCUUUGUCCGCUGGCAACCAGGUCUCCACCAACACCGUGAGCUCUACGUGUUCGCAGAACGUCAUUUGUACCACUAGUCCGCACCACGGGCAGAUAUGUUCGAAGCCGAUCAGCCAGCAGCAAAAGAGCACAGGUGUUCAGCAGGAAACCACCAACUCGCUACCGAACAUCUGCGUCCAGAACAACCUCGGUUCCAUGCAGCCGCUGGACAUACAGACGUCGAAGAGCGGCAACGUGCAAAACCUGAUGCAGGCCAAGGGUAUUCAGCCGUUGAACGCCCCUCUCAACGUCUCGGACGUGUUGAAGCCUUCGCCCGCAGCGUUCACCAUUCAAGGUCCCCGUAUGCCAAAUGUGAGUCAGGCUAACUCCAAUCAGCAGAAUCCCAACAUCUCUCUGCAGAAGUCUAGUCAGGUGCGACUUGCGAACGCUUGUAUCGGCACGAACGUACGACAGACCUUGGGUAAACAAGCGCAGCAGACACAGCACGCCGCCCAUGUUCAGAAGACGUUGCCCGUGGUUAGCUCGACGAUACAGAGCGAUCACAUGUCCAAGGUUAAUCAGAAUCUUCAGCAAACUAGCCAGCAGGAGACUAUGACGCUGCAGCAAGACUCACCGUUGUAUCAGCACAAUCAGCAGAUCACCGCACAAACCGUGCAGACGCAGAACGUGCAGCAAAUCUUCGAACAAAACUUGCAGAGCUCGGGAUCAAACAUUCACCACAAUUCCAUGAAUAUGCUGCAGCAGCAACAGACCUCUUGCAACACUCUGCAGCACGACACCAUGAACGUCCUGCAGCACUCGAGUAUCCAGCAGAACACGAUCAACGUGUUGCAGCAAAACACGGCUAGUAAUGUCCCGAGCAUCGAGCAGAGUCUGCAGCCGGGCAUUAACGAGAUGCCGCCGCAGAACGUUAUGACAAGUCUGCAGCAGCAGAACACGUCGGCCGUCUUGCACAACACGGGCUUGCAGCAAAACGUGAAUGUCCAACAGCAGAAGGUCCUGUCGGCGAACACUUUCUCGUCCGUGAACGCGCAUCACUUUGAGUCGCAGAAUACGCAGACGGCGAACGUGGUGCAGCAGCAGGGAAGCAACAUGGUGCAGCAGGGCACCAACACGCCGCAGAAUGCCCAGAAUAUACUAAUCACGUCCGCCCCCACGUCCAACAACAGCACCCAACAAAACGAAUCUCAGAAGGUGGAGACGACAACAACGACUACGACGACGACACAGGGCUCGACUAUGCUGAACUCGGCGGCGAACAACAUACUGAACAACGCACCGAAAAUCUCACCGGAGAUCCUGAACGCGCUGAGUAACCUGAAUCCCAACGAUCAGCUGCUGAUCGCGAACGCGAACGGCCAGAUGCAGGUGAUCAGUCAGCAGCUGCUACAGCAGUUCCUGGCCGGGCAGCUGAAUCAGCUGAAUCAGCUGAAUCAGACGAGUCAGCCGCAGAAUCAAAAUCAAACGCAGAAGAUCGUGAUUGGCGAGCCGGACGCAAACAAUCAGAACCUGCAGGGCGUCCAGAUCAACACCCCGACGAGCCAAAUAAUCGUCAACAGCUCUGGCGGGGCCCCGACGAUCCAGAACAAUAUUCAGAACAUUGUGGUGCAGGCGGCGCCGUCGCAGAUGCCGCACCAUAUACAGAUACAAAAUUCUAGCUUUCCUAGUCAAUUCAUUGACAACCUGAAUCAGCAACAAAUUAGAAACUUAGGUAAUAAUCAACCAAAGAAAACGAAAGUCGUGAAGAGGAAGGUUGCCGCCAGCACCCAGAGCAUCGUAUCUCAAGCUACGAAGACAAUAGCCGUUACUCGGCCGACGAUGGUCACAAGUAACACGUCCAAUCUGCAGAAAAUUGACAAUCUCAACAAACUCUGCGCGACGGUAUCGCAGAGUACAAAUACUGUUAAGAGCGAGCCAACUCAAAUCAUGUCCAAUGGUCCUGUGGUCUCAUCCUCCGCUGGCGGCCACGUGUCAGUUCCCUCGAAUGGACAAAUGGUACAAAGAGUGCAGACUAUUCAGCUAACUGCUCAAAAGCAGCAAUUGCUGAAGAGCAUCCAGUUACAAAUCCAAGCUAUGCAGUCGCGAAAGUCCAGCGGACAAUGCGAUCAAGCGUUAUUGACGAAAUUAUACGAAGAGCAAACGAAGAUAAUAGCCAGCGGCAAGGUUCUUAGCACCACUACACAUUCUGUCAAUAGAGUGCAACAGAGCGCGCAGCAGGGACAGCAGACUGUGUUGAACACUGCGACACAGAGCAUGCACCAAACGCAGCAUCCUAAACAGCAGCAGCAUCAACAGCAACAGCAGCAGCAGCAGCAGCAGCAGCAUCAACAGCAACAGCAGCAGCACAAGUUCUAUCAGAACCACGGGAACCAGACACUGAAUCCGUCCUCCGCGACAAACAUGCAGAUCUUCACGCCGCCGAUCUCCACCACGGCUCCGCCGUUACAGAGCAACGCACAGCAAUUGACGUCGGUGCAGACGCAACAGACCGGCAUGCAGCAACAGUCCACGCAGUGUCAAACUGAUCCGUUGGAUAUCAAGCCGAACAUACAGACACCUAGUCCCGUGAAGCAGGAGCUUUCCUCUCCCAUUCAAGUCCAGGUGCAGACUAGCUCUCCUGCCAGUCAGGUGACCUCGCCGAGAAUGAUAACUAAGGGAACACAGAGGAUCCAGAGCCCGGUGAAUACCGGCGGCAACACGACGAAACAGCUCGUCAGUCCCAGCAGUAGUCCCUUGAUAAGUCCAAGGCAAGGCGUAAAGCGACCUGCAACUAGUCCGAUUUGCAAUAGGCAAUUGAAUCGCAACGAUUUAAUGGAGCAACAGCUAAAAAUGGAUCAAAAUGGCGCAACGAAUCCGGAUAUGAAUACACCAUUUUUGAGCAAAGGCGACGCUUGCAAACGUUUGGUAAGGUAUCAUUGUUUAAAUGAGCAGGUACUCAGCCCCAAGGACUUGGAUUAUGCGGACGAGAUAUUUGAGGAGACUGCUAAGCAUUUGCUCAGCAAGUUUAACGCCAUGAUGAAUAAAUACACGUACCUUCUGCUGAUGGAGAGCACGCGUGAGGUGAAGACAUCGGAACUAAUGAUGAUCGAUAGGACAUUCGUAGCCGAGGAGCAAAGUAUCCUCAAUAGGUUACGAGAACAAGAGGCCAAAGUUAAUGAAGAGUUCAAGAAGGAAGAGAAACCGUUGGUGCCAAAAGUCGAGCCUGGCCUCAUGGAAGAGGACAAGUUAACGACGUCACCGCCUUUGGUGAGCGUAUCUGUGAAGCGCGAGUUAGAGGACGACUUCCCGAGUGACGAGAUGGAAUGCAAACCAGUGAUUAAGACGUCGAGCAGUACCAGUGGUGAUUACGACGAGUGGUUAGAGAUCCAGAAGGAACUGGGCGUCUACCCAUCUAGCACAGAUACGUUGAAGUGUAAAAACGGUAAUAAUGGCGGUGGUAAUAGCAGUGCGUGCGCUGUGACUGUCGCGAAGUCGUCGAAGAUCGAAAGAACACGAGCAAACGGCGAGUGCCGUGGCAGUGUCGUUAAUGCGAGUGUCGUGUCCGGGAUCUCGAAUGCGAUCAUGAAGGACAGCUGUGAGCAGGACAGCUCUGCCCCGAGCUUCGAGAAGCGUUGGAGCAGUGCCACCGAUCUCGAGCGAGAUCUUCUGGAGGAUACCGACAGCUUGGAUGGACUGGCUCUGCACUCACAGACGCAAUGUCCGAGCGCCGUACACGUGGCGAGUAAUGACAGCGGCGGGAACGCCGGCAACGAGCAUGACGAUAUUACCGCGCAGGUGCAGUCUGCUAUCGACAGCAUCCUUAAUCUUAAGAAACGUCCCGCCAAUACGCUGUCUGGCAGUAGCGGUAACGGCAACACGUCGCAAUCCGGUGACUCUAAGGACACUGCGCUGGACCAGGCAGUCCGCAGCAUUUUAGGCUCGUGACCCUCCUUUAGUAAAGUAUGUUAAGAAAGAAAGAAAAAGUGAGAGAGAGAGAGAGAGAGAGAGAGAGAGAGAGAGAGAGAGAAAGAGAGAGAGAGAGAGAGAGAGAGAGGUGAGAGUUUAUAUAGUUGAUAUCAUUACGGUGACUAUGCGUAUUUGAUGCAUAAUCGAUCUUUUUUCUCUUUAGAAAGGAACCGAGUCAGCUGUUUCUUUCCGUGGUUUCUUUUUGUGAAUAUCAUGGACUUUUGUCGCGAAGGUUGUGUGUUUUUAGUAUCGAUGAUGCGGUCAGUCUUCGACGAUACAUAUCUCAAAGAGCACACAGCAUUGUUACUAAAUUAUUUAUGUAGAUUAUAUGCGAUCAUAUGAUUUAUUUAUAUAUUAUUUGAACGAGAACAAAAAUUCUUCGUGAAUCGUGUAGUGCGCGGUGAUGAUACAUAUAUGUAUAUAUGUAUGUGUGUAUGUGUGUACAUGUAUAUACUUGUAAAUGUAUAUACAUAUACUUAUGUAUACGCAUACAUAAAUAUAUAUGUUGCAUUCAGUAGAACGUCUUGAUUUAUUAAAGAUUCUGUUUUGCAAUGGCAAUAAUUAUUCAUAACAUAAAGUGAAACAUAUACUUUACCGGUAGUCUCUAGCUGUAAUAAAGCCACCGCGUAAAUCUAAUCCUAGCAGCUGUACAUGUGGAUAGUUAGGUAGAUAGAUAACUCGCUCAGAUUUUUCAAUAUGCCCACUUUGUAAUGUAAUUUUGUAAAAAGUAAUUAUUUAAAGCAACUCUUAUUCCACUUCUCAUCUGUAGUACAUGUAGCAGAAUCUUAUUGAUACUUAAAAACAUGGGUAGGUGAAUUGUACAUACGUUUUUAAGGUGUAUUAUUAUAUAAUAAUAUUAUGACCACAUAUAUUAUUUGUAUUAUUGUUAUUGAGAUUUAUUCUCAGAAUUAUUAUUACUAUCGCUAUAAUUGAUAACAUCAUCAUUGACGACUGUACGAUCGAAUGCGAGAGGUAUAAAGAGAAGAAAGUAGUAGCGUAAGAGACUGAAAUGUAAAAUCGUGGAAGUGCGGAAUGCAAAGCGUGCAAAUGGUAUAUAAGGAGAGGAAUGACGAAGAGAGAGAGAGAGAGAGAGAGAGAGAGAAUGUGUGUGAGAGAGAAAGAGAGAUAGAGAUAGAUUACCUUUUAUGCAGAUUCUUUUGGAUUUCAUUUCUAUUUAUGAUAUAUGCAGUCUCGGUGUUAAGACGCAAAAUCAAAGAAACGAACUGUUUCUAUAUAGAUAUACAGUGUUUUACAACGUUUAUUUCGGCAUCACACAGAAACUCGCGAUAGAUGUGGGUAAUCGAUGGAUGCAUGCUGGAGAGUACGUGUGUGGGAAAAGGAUAAUCACAUAAUAAUCGUUGGAGCCAUAUGGAAUAUGGAAUGAAUUUGUUAUUGUAAAAUUCACCAUGAUAUACAAAUACAUUCCUCCAAUGUAUCGUUUUAUUCUUGAUUUUAUUUUAGAUGUGCAUGAGGUUUUCGUACCAGCACCUUAAAAUAAAAUCGGGAGGAAGCGUGAGCGUUUCUCUCGUGACAAUUGGGCAACACAUUAAUUACACUUUUAUAGGUAAAGCUUUAUUAUGUGAGAGCUCGGCGGCGUAUUCUUUUUCUACAUAUCCAUAAAGGGACUCUCUACCAACUCUACAUCAAACACAAACACACACACACACAACACACAGGAUACACAUAACACAAAAAACAAACAAAAUACACUUACAUACGCACACAUACACUAACACGUAUGCACACACAUCACAUAGCAGAAAUAGUGUUUUCUGGCAAAAGCAAUUCAAGACUGACGUAUAUACAGAGAAAAACAAGCAAAACUAUGUAAUCUAUUAUACAAUAAGGAAUAUUAAUAAUCGUUUGUACAUAACGUUCAAUUACACUCUCGACGGCAAUCGUGACUUAAUUCUUCACAGAUUUGAAAGAGUUUGGAUAUGCUAAAGUUCUUUUAAUCGUAAUAAAUUGCCGAUAUUUCACGAGUACAUAUACAUGUAGAUUAUCCUACAUCCCCGUCUGUGCUGCGUUUGAAUGAGGUGCUUUCGCAAGUCGUAAUUAUUACGCAUUAACAACGAGUUAUGUAACGAUACAACGGCUGACGAGAGUGGCGACAGAUGGUAUAUAUAUAUAAAUAUAUAAAUAUAUGUAUAUAUAUAUACAGGGUGUCCCACCACUACUGUGACAUUUGUUAACGCCAGAUUACUGAACGUUUUUAGAUAAAAAAAGAAAAAAGAAAAAAAGGAAGAAUUUCCUGAUACAAAAUCAGUCAAGACUGUUGAGAGCUUUCAAAUGGAGAAAGCUUUGAAUGGUAAAUAAUCAGAAAAGUCUAAAGUUGGCGCACUCUCAGAUCAUACGGUCCGUCGCACAGUAGUGAAGGUGCCCCGGGGCUUUAAUUAUUUCCUGGAUAUCGAUGUAAUUCUGGAUGCAGCGUUAUUAAAAUUGCUUCUUAACUUUGUCUAAUUCAUAUGUGGAUAGUUAAUCCGUUGAAGUUUGUGCUAAUAACAGUAGUAGUCUAAAAGAAUAUUGGCGCGAUUUGUAAAUUGGAACGUCGAGGCUGUCGCACAAAGUGUGUCCUUGUGGACGGAUGACGUUUCCCUA